AUGUCGUCCCCCUCCACACCACGAACAGCGCGGUCCGCGUCUCCCACCGGCUCACCCAUGCUCACGCCAGGAGGGAAGAUUAAAGCCCUCCUGGCGGCUUUCGAUAGCGACUCUGAAUCAGAUAAUGGAAGUACAAGGCAACGGCAACAAGCACCCAAAGCUCAGACAUCGAACCGGGAGUCGGAGAGCGACGAUGACGAGGAUAUCGUGAUGCCGAAGGGCCGUCUAGCGGCUCGUAUGCAAGCUCAGAAUCAGACCAGCACGGCUACAACAAAUGAAUCUACAACUCCAAAGACAGCUUUCGAACGGGUGUCGAAAUUUCUACGGACUGAACGAGCGCAGUCAAAUGAGAAUGAGGCAGACUCCGACGGAAUGGGGUCAUCGGAUGAGGAUGAUCUUCCUGCGGCUGGACCGAGGAGGAGGAACAAAACCAGAAGCAAGGCUGCAGGGAUUAGUGACGAUGAUGAUACGCUCCGAUCACCGUCUCGAGCGCGGUCUUUCUCUCCUCUUUUUAUGUCGUCUCCGGUGAAACAGGCGCACUCGAACGUCGGAUCGGACGACGACGACAGUGAAGCGCAAUUGAAAGCUGACCCUCGCGUUCGCGCCCUGAUUGCGAAGAAGCGCAAGGAACGUGAAGAAAGAGAACGACUUGAAGCGGAAAAGAAGGCUGCUAGAUUAGCGCUAAGAGAGCAGCUCAGUUCGGAGAUUGGUGCUGCAAACGACAGCGACCAGGACGAAUCCGGCCGCAAACUUACCCAACACCGCCCCGCAGCUCGCAAAGCUAGUAAGAAGGCUCUGGAAGAGAUGAACCGCGAAACCCAGCGGAUGAGCAGAAACAUGCAGCUCGCUCACCAAGCGCAGACGAAGAAGAAGAUCACCAAGGAGAGCUUCUUUGCGCGGUUCAAUUUCAUGCAGCCCGAGGAGACGAAUGUAGUUGCGCCAAUGGCGGAGAGCUCAUCUAUGACUGCCGGUUCGCAAAAUUCCUCCGAUAACGAGGCGCACAAGGGCAAGGAAACGCCUCAGACUUCCCCUGUUCUUGGUCCCUCUGAUAAGCCUGCUCCCGUCGAAUUGGCUCAAGAUUCGCGAAUGGAGAAUGAGGCCGAGGUGCAAGUGGAUGACUUUCCACCGCUUGAGGACUUAUUGGCUCGGCCUCGAGAAGAAGUUCAGAAUCCCUCUGUUGAACCGGCAGAAGUGAAGGAAGAUUCGACAAAACACCUCGAAGCAACUAAACUCGAACGAAACAUGGUCUCCCAGCCGCCCAUCCGCGUCCAGCUAUCACGGCAAUUCGUGGCUCGGCAUCAACAGGAAGAUUCUGACGACGAGCUGGAGGUUGUUACAGAUCCCGCAAAAUGCAGGCGUAUCGCAGCGUUCGAGAACCUCCCAGCAAAGAGACUGCAAGAAUCAGCAUCCUUACUCAAGUUGAAAGCCUUGGCCCAUAUUACGUCCCCCACUCGACGCACCAAAACAAUGAAUUCCGCUGAGCUCUCUGCUACACUUCUCUUCCAGGCGAGACAGCAAGCCGCCAAGGAAAGACAGGAAAGGAUUCAAGAGCUCCGUGCGAAAGGCAUCGUCAUUGAAACCGCGGAGGAACGUGCGGCGAUGGAAGAUGAGCUCGAAAAUUUGGUUGAAAAGGCACGCCAGGAGGCUGAAGAGAUCGCAAGAAAGGAGAGGAAGUCUAAGGGGAAGGACGGUGGGGACGAUAUGGAUGAUGACGAUGAUGACGAUGACUUUGAAAUCUCGGGCUCUGACGGAGAAGGUGAUGAGGCCGAGGACGAAGACGAGGAGGAAGAGGAAGAGGAAGAAGAAGGAGACAGCGGGGAGGCUGGCCAAGGGCUUAUCGAUUCCGAGGCUGGUGAGGAUGAAGAAUCAGAAGACGAGCAGUUGGAGGCCAUUUCAUUGGAUCAGCUGGAAAUGCCGACUGCUCGAAGAAAGCGGCCGACUCGGGUGAUCAGCGACGAUGAAGAUGAUGAAGAGGUCCAGGAACCAAAAACCCCCGCGAGACCCAUUCAUUCGACAGUCAACUCAGUAGAACGCCCACAGUUUCCGGGGUUGACCUCUGAUGGGUUGACGAUGGGCCUUACACAAGCAUUUGCUGGUACUCUGGGUGCCAGUCAACCGAUCACCCUCCCAGGAUCGCCUUCGAUUCCGAACUCGUUACCUGAUCCAGCGCACAUUGCUGCUGACAAACAGGACUCCGAAUCUCAGAUCAUGGUGAAAGAUAGCCAAGAACCGCACGCCGAAUCGACGGAUAUCCUGGCAGCUUAUGUGCAUUCUGAGGUCCGAGUCUCUGAAUCACCUGCGCCUAGAGCCAUGUCACAAUUUUCACAGAUUCCAGAUCCUACUCAAGAUGCCGGGUUUGUGCUCUCACCCUUCGAUCCUUCAAAAAGAUUCAUGGAGGCUCCUCACUCGACUAUAGAAACCGUGCUUGCCGAUGGUAACGAGGACCAGAGCAACUCGCCCGUUCCUCAAAAAAGGGCCAAGCACCUCCGACGAGGCCGUCUAGCCGAACUCUCCAUGAUUGACGAGCAAGAUGAAGGAGAAUUUGAGGUUGAUGCAAGUGCUUUUGAUGUCAUGAAGAAAGCAACCAAGAAGACUAAGGUGCCAUUCAACUGGAAGACCAGCAAAGCAAAGGAGGUUGUGGAAGACGCAGCCGAAGAAUCGGACGACGAGUAUGCUGGUCUGGGAGGCGCGAGCGAUGACAGCGAAGAUGAAGAGAACGCCUACGAUCGACAAAUGAUCAAUGACAACAGCGGCGAGACAGUGGAUGAAAAGCAGUUGGCUGCUUUGAACGCACUCCACCAGAGAAACGCCGAUGAGAAACAGGUUGCGAAGUUGCUGAAAGAUAUUACAACAGGUGCCCUUCGACGCCGCAGAAAUGGAGACGAUGAAUUUGACCUGGAUGACUCGGAUGAUGAGCUCCUUGCACGCCGACGGCAGAAGCAACGCGAAUUUGCGCGGAUGCGCAAAGCUCUCCUUGCGGAUGAAAAGAUCGGGGAGAUCGCAGAAAAUCCAAAGAAGGCUGCUUUCUUCAGGGCAAUUGAAGACCGGGACUCGGACGACGAUGGUGGGUUCGAUUUCCUAGACGAAGAACAGAAUGACGGCUCCCAGGGAGACUCUUCGUCCCAGGCAGUGGAAUCAGAGCCGCACCAGCAGCCGGCUUCCGAAGAAAACAGCAAGAGGAAGAGACCUCUGGAACCCUCUGCAGAAGAUAUCAACAAUCGCCCCCCACCCCAUCUCCGUCGCAAGCCUGCGAGCGCCAUGUCGAAGAAGCCGGCCACCCUGGCCGAGAUUCGGGAAACUUUGUCCUUCCUGACCGAGCGACCCGAAUACGACUCCUUCCAGGAGGAUGCAUCGAUGGAAGAUGUUGACGAUGCCCAGCAAGACACUGAUGGCGAUAGCAAACCGACGCCCGAGCCAGCAGAAGCGUUCCCCGUACCCAGUCACCCGCGUCGAACCAGGGGGGUGGUUGUUGAUCGUCUUGCUCUUCUACGACAAGCAUCAUCCAAUUCGGCGACAGCGGCUUCGUCCAGUACUCGCUUGGCUUUCUUGGCCGGUGGAGGCAACGAUCUAAGUUUCAGACCACCUCCCUUGCUUCGCAAGUCUACGACCAGUUCUUCUUCCAGCUCUUCCACGAUAUCCAAGUCUGAUUCAUCGAAGCGUGUCGCGAAGGCAUCUACAGGAGGACCCAAGGCCAAGACAGGUGCCGUGAACUACUAUACUGCUGCUAGAGAGAGGGAGCGCGAGCGAGAGAUCCGGGCCAGACACCGCUCGAGUGGUUCAAGUACUAAGGCUUUGAUAGACAAGCACGCCACGAACCGGUUGGGCUCGUUAGGAGGGACAGGAAGGUGGGAGUAG